AUGGUAAGAUCGGAACCUUUAAUACUAACUGUCCACGCUUUACAGAAAGCUCUCCGCUCCUUUUUUGGGAUAGGCGAGCUACGAUGCAGCCAGCUGAUGGCCCGAUUCCACAUCCAUCCCACCUCGACCGUCGGUGAGCUGGCAACCAGACAGGUCCUGGAUUUGACGGGCGCAUUGUCAAACAUGAAGAUAGAAAACGACUUGAAGCGAGAGAUUCUCGAUAACAUCAAGAGAUUGAAGAGUACGGGAACCUACAGAGGAAGAAGACAUGCUCUCAACCUCCCCGUCAGAGGACAGAACACUAGAAGCCAGAUUAAAAAUGCGAUUAAAUUCAAUCGUAUUGACAGAAAAUUAUGA